UUUGCCGCCCUGGAAGAGCGUUUCACCUCCAUCCAACAUGCGACCCAUCACGUCCAGACUCAGCUAUCUGUGUCUACACUUAUUCGCGUUCUGCUACUAUGCUCAGGUAACCAAUCAGUCCCCGCCUAAUUUCACGCAGCAUGUAAGCGAGCAGAGCGAAGUGACGGACCGCGUGAGCCGCAAGUUGAUCCGGAUCUACCAGCUGUACAGCCGGACCAGCGGCAAGCACGUGCAGGUCCUGCCCAACAAGAAGAUCAACGCCAUGGCCGACGAUGGAGAUGUGCACGCUAAACUCGUCGUGGAAACAGACACGUUUGGGAGCCGAGUGCGCAUCAAGGGAGCCGAGACGGGCUUCUACAUCUGCAUGAACAAAAAGGGGAAGCUCAUCGGCAAGAAAAACGGACAAGGCCGCGACUGUAUCUUCACCGAGAUCGUCCUGGAGAACAACUACACGGCGCUGAGGAACGCCCGCUACGAGAGCUGGUACAUGGCGUUCACCCGGCGCGGGCGCCCACGGAAAGGCUCGCGGACGCGCCAGCACCAGCGCGAGGUCCAUUUCAUGAAGAGGCUGCCGAAGGGGCAGCAGCCCGUCCACUCGAGCCACCACCGCCCGUUCGACUUCAUCCACUACCCUUUCAGUCAAAGGACUAAACGCACGCGCUACUCGUCCGAGCGCUGAGGAGGAGGAGGAGGGAGAGAGAGAGAGAAUGGACAGAGAGAAAAGUGGAGAAACUGACAGACUGAGCGGAAUUACAAGCAG